GACCCCCUCUCCUUCCUCUCUGUACGCGUGCGCCAUUUCUGCAUGUUAUUGUGACUUGUGUGAGAGAGUGGUAGCUAGGAGUUGCUAGACGGAGAAGAUCGAUACACAGGGAAGAAGAGAGAAUAUAGAAGAGAUUUUCCUCACUCAGUCCGAUGUGUUGCUACGUGGGCAAAGCCACCAAGAUCUUCCUCUGCAUCGUCACCGCGCUGCUCCUCGCUGGCCUCGUCCUCGGCUUCGGUCUGGCUCGCCGAACGCUCUGGGGAGCCCGGAAGGCCGAGCCGGCGUGCCAGUGGCCACGCUGCGGCCAGCAGCAGCCAAUCUACGGCGAACCGCUCCUCCCGGCCACCACCACCACAUCGCCGCCGUCUAACCCGCUGACAGAGCCGGCCGUCGCCGUCUUCCCGGGGUUCGUCGCCUCCUCCACCGCCGUGCCGCCGGCGACUACGACCGUGCCGGUCUUCGGGCCGCCCAGCCCGUUCUCCGUCGGCCCCGGCCCCUCCUCACGUCCUUGAGAAGAGCUGAUGGCUGGUCAAUUUUGGUCCGUGUUUUUUACUCCGAAAGUUUUGAAUUUGUCCUGAUUUUGACUAGUUUCUGAUGUAGAAUUCGGUAAAUUCUUGUCGCGCUCCCUUGGUGCGAACUCUGAACAGCUGUUACUCUCCUGGUUUCGUACUGUACUAUCUCGCAAAAGCGGCUGUACAUGUGUCGGCAGAGGCUUUUAUUUUGUUGACAAUUACUUCGUCU